AUGGGCAAUUUUUUUUCAAAAAAGGAAAUUUUUGAAAAUCAAGUUUUAGCUAUGGAGUCCAGAAUUGCUAAUAUGGAGUCCAAAAUUAAUAGCUCUAAAACUCAUCUUGAUAAUAAUUAUAAAAAAAUUAUUUUUUAUUUUAUUAUUAUAGAAUUUAUUUUAGUAUUUUCUUUAUACAACAUAUUUUUUUCAUCCGACACUUUGUCUGAAAAGGCAAUGUGUUUUGUCUACUCUUUAUUAAUUUCAAUUGUAAUCUAUACUUUUGCUAAAAUAUAUAGAUUUACAUAUGGUCUCGAUCAAUUAUUCGAAGAAAGAAAACGUGUGACCGAUUAUGAACACACUAAAAAACUUUUGGAGAAUUAUGAAAUUUUUAAGAAAAAAAAUCUUAGUGAUCAUAUAGAUAAUAAAAAUAAAAUAGAGAUAAUAGAUAAUGAAUUUUUCAUUCUAAUCAACCAUUCGAUCAAUAUCAGACAUUGUUCUGGCCAAGCAACUAUGGUAUUAUUGAAUGGUUUUAGAUAA